AUGGCGGGCGUGCCCGCGGGCGCUGAGGCCGCCGGCGCCGCGCUGGGCCCGGCCCUGGAGGAGGCGCCGGUCCCGGCCCCGGCCCCGGAGCAGGCCCCGGUCGGCGCUGGGGACGCCGCAGCCGCCGGGCUCAAGGCCGCCUCCAAGCGCGUCACCUUCCCCUCGGACGAGGACAUAGGGUCCGGAGCCGUGGAGCCCAAGGACCCCUGGAGACACGCCCAGAAUGUGACAGUGGAGGAGAUCAUUGGCGCCUACCAGCAGGCCUGCCACAAACUGAACUGCAAGCAGAUCCCCAAGCUCAUCAAGCAGAUCCAGGAGUUUACAGACUUGGCACACCGAAUUGACUGCCUUGAUCUGAAAGGAGAGAAGCUGGACUACAAGGCCUGUGAGGCCCUCGAGGAAAUCUUCAAGCGGCUGCAGUUCAAGGUGGUGGACUUGGAGCAGACAAGCCUGGAUGAGGAUGGCGCUUCUGCGUUGUUUGACAUGAUAGAGUACUAUGAGUCGGCCACCCAUCUCAACAUUUCCUUCAACAAGCACAUCGGCACGAGAGGCUGGCAGGCCGCUGCUCACAUGAUGCGCAAGACAAACUGCCUGCAAUACCUGGAUGCCCACAACACCCCCCUGCUGGACCACUCCGCCCCAUUUGUGGCUCGUGCCCUGCGGAUAAGCAGCAGCCUCACUGUGCUGCACCUGGAGAACGCCAGCCUGUCAGGGCGCCCACUCGUGCUUCUUGCCACCGCCCUCAAGAUGAACAUGAACCUUCGGGAGCUCUACCUGGCUGACAACAAACUGAACGGACUCCAGGACUCAGCCCAGCUCGGGAACCUUCUCAAAUUCAACUGCUCCAUCCAGAUCCUGGACCUCCGGAACAACCAUGUUCUGGACUCAGGUCUGGCCUACAUCUGCGAGGGCCUGAAGGAGCAGAGGAAGGGGCUGGCCACUCUUGUUCUGUGGAAUAAUCAGCUGACACACACAGGCAUGGCUUUCCUGGGAAUGACGCUGCCACAUACCCAGAGCCUGGAGACUCUAAAUUUGGGCCACAACCCUAUUGGAAACGAGGGUGUCCGGAACCUCAAAAAUGGACUGAUUGGGAACCGCAGCGUCCUGCGCCUGGGGCUGGCCUCGACCAAACUGACAUGCGAGGGAGCCGUGGCAGUGGCAGAAUUCAUUGCUGAGAGCCCUCGCCUGCUUCGGCUGGACCUUCGGGAGAAUGAGAUCAAGACUGGAGGGCUGAUGGCCCUGUCCUUGGCCCUCAAAGUCAAUCAGUCGCUGCUGCGCCUCGACUUAGACCGGGAGCCCAAGAAGGAGGCAGUAAAGAGCUUCAUUGAGACCCAGAAAGCCCUCCUGGCAGAGAUCCAGAACGGCUGUAAGCGCAACUUUGUCCUGGCCCGCGAGGAGGAGGAGAAGGAACAGCAGCUACAGCUCUCAGCCUCCAUGCCCGAGAUCACGGUCACCGAGCCUGCCCAAGAGGAGGCCGCUGUGCUGGGAGAGCCAGCAGAGGAGGCCCAGGAGAACGGGCACUUGGGUGGGGCCGGGCCUAAGGCCCCGGGGCCAACCGAGGACUCGGAUUCUGACACUGAGGAGGAGGAGGACGACGAGGAUGAUGAGGAGGACUAUGGUGGCCGAGAGAUCCAGGAGACAUGUCGUCCUGAGGUUCAGCUUUCUGGGAACUCCCUGAGCUCCAGGGAUAGGACCCCUCCGGGCAGCCCAGCCCCCUCAGCCCCAGAGGCUCUGCCUGAGAGCCCCAGUGGGCCCAGGCCAGAGGUGCCGGGCACUGAAAAACGCAUCUCGGUGUCCAGCCCUGGCAGAGGACACAAAGUAUUUGUGGUGACUCGGGUAGAAAGCCCCCCAGAAAAGGUGGGCGAGGCCCAUGCCCUGCAGACUGAGGCCCCAGCCAACAGGUCAGGGGUCAGCCCUGGCCCCGGCCCUCCAGACCUACCACUGCCCAAUGGGCUGAAGCCAGAGUUUGCUCGUGCACUGCCCGAUGCCCCUGCCAGCCACGGAGGAUCAGAGGGCAAGGGUUCAGGCUGUGGCCUAGAACAUGAACUUAGCUGCUCCAAGAACGAGAGGGAGCUCGAAGAAUUACUUCUGGAAGCCAGUCAAGAGUCAGGACAGGAGACACUGUGACACCUGAGAUCUUUCUCUGGUCAGGCUUCAAUGAUCUGAGGCCCCGCCCUGUGCCCCGGAUCCAGACCGCCCUCCAUUCCAGCUCUCCGGGAUGGGGGCCCGUCCUGGGCCAGUGUGGCCCCCGGGGCUGGGGGCAGCAGGUGCCUGAGGAAACACUACAAGGGACCCUUGGGAAGCAGAUGAGUCCCCUUCCUUCCCUGGUCCCCCAGGUCCCCAUCUCAGCACCUCUAUUUAUUUCCCCCUCCCCUCUCUGAGGAAGGACCAGAGCCUAGGCCGGGCAGGCCCAGGGGCUGGAAGGAGGUGGGUUCUCUCAGGGAGGCACGGGGAGGGCGGUGAUGGUGAACGGUACCGAUCUGUGCUGUGACUGAGGAGCAUUAAAGCCGAGAUGUUGGGGCGUGGGGGGCGGCAGGAAGGGGGCAGGCUGUGGAGAUGGAGGGGGAGCCGCGAGGCUCAAGAUCCAAGCAAGCCUCCACUCAAGUGCAAUAAAUUUAUCAGGGAGCUAGGAGGCGUCCAGGUGGCCCCCUGGUGGGCAGACGGGCUCCCUUGCAGGGGCAGGGAGCCCGCUUCUUGGCAUUCCGCCUGGAGAUGGGCCUCAGAGAGAGGGAACGGGGUGACGGGCAGGGAGGAGACCCUCCCUGCAGCACACAUCUCUGCUCAGACUUUUUCUAUUAAACGCCUCCGUCGCCAGCA